AUGUUUGAUUUUGAAUCAAUAAAUAAAAAUUAUUACUACAAUUACAUUAGAUCUUACUUUAUUAAACCAAAACCAAAACCACCAACAGCGGAUCCAAAGAAAGAUCAAAAGAAGAAGAAACAGGAAAAGUGUUUUGUUUGUAAAAGAAAUUGCUUCAUUUGUAAAGAUAUUAAACCAAUACCAUCAGAUAUUGAAAAGGGUUUCAAACAAUCAUAUUUAAUUAAGAAUUAUCCUCCAAAAUAUAUAAAAGGAGAAUAUAAUAACAUUAAACCAGAUUUAAAUAAAAGUUUCAAAAAUUCAUCAGUUUUUAAACAAUCUAAAUCAAUUCAAAAAGAAUUUAAAACUAUAAAACCAGAUUUGAAAAAGGGAUUUAAAGAUAGACAUUCUCCAAAUCUUAUUGUUUUUAAAUCACCUUCGAAAAAGAAGAAAACAUCGACAACUUCAAAAUCCCCUCCAACUUUUACAGAAUCUGAUUUCAAAACAUUUGUGUUAUUUAUUGAAAUAUUAAUCUUAAUGGCAAUUCCAUUUUAUUUUAUAAUUAAAUUUGAUCAUCAAAAUGGUAGAUUAUAUUUAACAAAUAAAAGAGUUAUAUAUUUUGAUAAUUCAAAUAUUAAUAAUUGUAUUGCUAUUGAUUUAAAUAAAUUACAUUCUGUAGAAUUAAUUGAAAAAUUUUUAAGAUCUUCACCAAAAGUAAAAUUAUUUUUAAAAAAAGAUUUAUCAAAUAAACAACAACAAAAUGAAUUAAAGGGAAUUGAUUGGGUUUGUAAAAUUUGUUCAUUUAAUAAUCAUAUACCUCCUGGUUUUAAUUGGGAUGAAGAUGAUUUACCAAAAUGUAUAUCUUGUGGAAUACGACCGACAAGGAAAUAUAUUGAAGGAAUAAUGGAUUCAUCAAAGGAAUCAACUCCAUCUUUCACUGUACCACCACCAUCAUCGAUAGAUUUGAAUAAUAAUCAAUCUCCAUCACCAGCACUGACUACUCCUGAACCAUCAAAUCUAACCAAUGGUCAAUGUCCUACAUGUACAUUUAUAAAUCAUAAAUCAAUUAAGUAUUGUGAAAUGUGUGGAACUGAAUUAUCAGCAUCAACAACAUUAGAAAUAAGUCAAUCAAUAAAUGAAAUUUCAAUUGAAAAUAAUCCAUUAAAUUUAAAACUAGAAUCACAAGAAAUUUAUACAAAUGAUAAACCAUAUAUAAAGAUAAGUUUUAGAAAAGGUGGUGAACAAAAAUUUUUUCAAGAAAUUGCAAAUCUUAUAGAUGAAAUAAAAUGGGAAAAUUUAAGAAAAAGAGGAGGAAUUAAUCAAAAUUCAACAAAAUUACAAUCAAAAAAACCAGAAAUUAAAAGAACUGGCGCAGGUAUACAUGCUUUGGAGCUUAUUGGAGAACAACAAAGAAAAAAUAAUGAAAUUAUAUUAAGUUCAUCAUUAGAAGAUUUAGAACAAUUAAUGUUUAAAUUUAAAGAUAUUUUAAAUUUAUCAUCUACUUUUAAUGGAUUAAUUAAUAAUAAAAAUGGUGUAACAAAAAGUUUACCACCAAUUAACAUUAAUAAAUCAUCUAAUUUAUAUCAUUCUGAAUUAAGUAGACAUAUUAGUGAAUAUUUAAUAAAUUUUAAAUUAACAAAAAAUUCAUCAAUGAUUACAUUACAAGAUUCAUUCGCUGAUUAUAAUAGAUUUUUAGUUAAAUCUCAAGGAUUUGGAUGUGAAUUAAUUGAUGUAAAUGAUUUUAAAAAAUCGAUUGAAUUAUUUAAUAAUUUAAAUUUACCAGUUAUUUUAAAUAAAUAUGAAAAAAGUGAAUUAAUUGUAAUAAAACCAAGAAUUCAUGCAAAUGUUUAUGAUGAAUUUAUUAUACAAUUUUUAAAUAAUCAUGAACAUCAAUAUAAAAUAAAUAAAUUAAAAAAUGAAAUGAUUGAUUCCGACAAUAAUUUUAAUAGUGAAUUAAAUUAUGGUUGUACAAUCUCAGAAAUUUCUCAUUUUUUUAAUUGGUCUUAUAGUAUAACAAAAGAAGAAUUAGAAAAAUUAAUUGAAAAUGGGAAAAUUGUAAUAGAUCAAAAUAUAUCAGGAACUUUUUAUUACGUUAAUAAAUUUUCACCUACCUACGACUGGGAUGAUUCAAAAGAAAUUGAUCAAAUUAAAAAUGAUAUAAUAAAUGAACAAAAUGAAAUAACUAAAAAUUUAAAAAUGGAAUAUAAUAAAUUAAAUUUAAAUAAUUUAAUUAAUAUAAAUCCUGAUUAUGAAUUUGGUAAUUUGGUUGAUGAAAAUUCUAUUGUUAGUGAUUCUACUCCAUCUUCUAUAAAUAUACCUUCCAAUGUUUCAUUAAAUGGAUUAGAAGGUUUGAAAUUUUGA